CAGCUGGGCCUUUUGGAGAUUUCUCUGGAAAUUUUUGAAAAUCAUUUCGACAGAGUUAGAGCUUAACCGAGGCUCCCCGACUGCUAGAGCUGCCCGAAGAUUCCCGCUUGCUGGACUGCAGGGAACGGACUGCUGAGAGGCUCCCUUUCCCAUCCUUCCUCCUCUGGGAAGAGCCGUGGCCUGGCCUCAUGAAGCCUUCCUUUGGCCACCCCACAGAGCAGGCCCCGGAGGCGGAAGUCCCUGGGCCAGCUGCCCAGGAACCUGAAGAGCCGGAGAGGAUAGAAGCUACUCCAUUUCCACCUGGAGUCUCAGGAAAGGAUGCCCAGAAGACGGCUUCUGCUCCUCUAGAUCAAGCAGGGCCAGGCCAGGAGAAUGCGAGCGGUACUUUGUCUCAGAGAGAGUAUCACUCUUCCACCCAUUACUAUUCCUGUUCCUCCUUGCAUACCGAAACUCAAGAGGAGAACGCAGGGCCGCUCCAAAGUGUACUGUACACCUGCGUGAAGACCGUGAAAGGUGUGGCUAUCGAGUGGGAGACGGAGGCUGGUUUUGAGCCCGUUUGCAAGAGGCCCAGGGUCUGCGAAGCAGAGUUCGUUACCCAGUUGAGGCAAGAACGAGUUUCCCCGGUGACGGACAGCAUCUCCACCAGCUCCCGGCUGAAUGAUCAGGACUUCUCGAUGGAAAAUCUCCCCCAGGACCACGACGAAACGGGAACCGCCACUCCGCAGGAGACAGCCGAGGAGGUCCGAGAGACCCCAGACUGGCUCUCGACGACAGAUUACGGCUUCCGUUGCAUGGCCUGCUGCAGAGUCUUUCCUUCCUUGGAAGCCCUCCUGCAGCACGCCCAGCACGGAGUCCAGGAGGGUUUCAGCUGUCAUGUUUUUUACCAAGAGAUGGUCAACAGGAGGGUGGCCCAAGAGGAACACGCCAUCAGUGAAGCUGAGGGUCGAUCCCAGAGGAACCAACAGGCCGAAGAUCCCACGAUGUCCCGCUUCCACGGAGACAAGCAGUGAGCAGGGAGUUCGCGCACCCUGGGGGACUUGGGCUUCUACUAGCCAAACCUCCUGGGCACCGCUGCCAACCUCCUCGCUGCCCAUUCAAGAACUUGCCACAUCGACCCCACAAAACCCGAAGAGUAAACCGAAUUACUAUGCCCGCCUCCUGGAGCGAAUCAAAGGCGAACUCUGAGUCUCUCAUCAGCAGGGGAUGAACCAGCUCCAGCACAAAACUAUGGAGGAGAAAAUAGAUGAGAAAAAUCAACAAAUCUUAGGUAUAAGCAAAGAGGAAAGAGAGGAGAGUCAUUUCUGCUGGAAAGAGACGUUGGCCUUCAAGAGUUCCUCAGGGACACCUCACCCUGCCAUCUUAGAAG